AUGUUUUCCACAACGAAGAACGAUGCGUUGUAUCUCAACGGCGACUGGGUUAGCGGCGAUGAGGUUCGACAGCAAAACGUCAUGGCUUGUCAGGCACUUGCAAACGUUGUUCGCACGUCCCUUGGCCCUGUAGGUCUCGACAAGUUCUUGGUCGACGACAUUGGCGAUGUGACCGUGACGAACGAUGGUGCUACGAUUCUGUCUUUGCUGGACGUCCAGCAUCCCGCAGGCAAAAUUCUUGUUGAUCUUGCCCAGCAGCAGGACCGUGAGGUCGGUGACGGUACUACGUCGGUCGUAGUCUUUGCCACUGAGUUGCUGCGUCGCGCAAAUGAUCUGGUCAAAAAUAACCUCCAUCCUACUACAAUCAUCACGGGCUAUCGCCUUGCUCUCAAGGAAGGUAUGCUUUUCAUCCAGCAGGUGCUCUCUGUUGCUUCAGACUCUCUUGGAAAAGACGCUUUGGUCAACAUCGCAAAAACGUCCAUGUCGAGCAAAAUUAUCGGUGCAGACGACGAGUUCUUCUCCCACAUGGUUGUUGAUGCUAUGCUUGCCGUCAAGACUCAGAACAAUCGUGGUGAAACCAAGUACCCCGUUAAGGCAGUCAAUAUCCUCAAGGCUCACGGCAAAUCGGCCAGCGAGAGUAUGCUGGUGAAAGGCUAUGCUUUGAAUUGCACAGUUGCGUCGCAGGCGAUGAAAAAGUACAUCAAAGGAGCCAAAAUUGCUUGUCUGGAUAUGAAUCUACAGAAAGUUCGCAUGAAUCUUGGCGUCAACGUCAAAAUCGAUGACCCCGAUCAAUUGGAGGCUAUUCGCAAGCGCGAGUUCGACAUGGUCGCCGAGCAGGUCCAGAAAAUUAUCAAGGCCGGAGCAAACGUUGUUUUUACCACAAAGGCUAUCGACGAUAUGGUCAUGAAGAUGUUUGUGGAGGCUGGUGUCAUGGCUGUCCGUCGCGCAAAGCGUGAGGAUCUGCGUCGCAUCGCAAAAGCCACUGGCGCCACUCUUAUUUCCACAAUGUCGAAUCUCAACGGUGACGAGGUUUUCGAGGCAAGCUCUUUAGGAAAUGCAGAAGAAGUUGAACAGAUCCGGAUUGGUGACAACGAGUGCAUUCUUGUUCGCGGCACUAAAGUGCACUCCUCGGCUUCGAUCAUCCUUCGCGGAUCUAACGAAUACAUGCUGGACGAGAUGGAGCGCUCUAUGUUCGAUGCGCUUUCGGUUGUCAAGCGUACUUUGGAGAGCGGCCAGGUUGUGCCUGGUGGUGGUGCUGUUGAGGCGGGCCUUAGCAUGUUUUUGGAAACUUUCUCGACCUCGUUGAGUUCUCGAGAGCAAGAAGCCAUUGCGGCGUUUGCCAAUGCCUUGUUGGUUAUCCCCAAGACUCUGACUGUCAAUGCCGCAAAGGACUCUAGUGAUUUAGUCGCCAAACUGCGGUCAUACCAUGCUGCUUCUAUGCUUGCUGGUCCUACCGACGAGAAGCGUCGCAACUAUCGCUACUAUGGACUUGAUCUCAUUAACGGCAAGUGUGUUAACCAGCUCCAAAGUGGCGUAAUCGAGCCCACUAUGAGCAAAAUUCGUGCUUUCAAGGCAGCGGUCGAGGCAUGCGUCUCCAUCCUACGUAUCGACACUAUGAUCAAGGUUCACCCUGAUCCGCCCAAGGAGGACCCCCAUGAUCAUUAG